AUGGUGCAAGAAGUCUAUUCUCAACAGUCUUAUCUUUCAUCGCCCAUUAGAUUUACAAGAAUGUUUUCAUCUAACAAUUGUAAUCAGGAAUCAUGGAAGUUAGGACAUUUGAAUCAUGUAGCUAUAGCUGUACCUGAUCUCAAAAAAGCAUCAGAGUUUUAUAAAAAUAUUUUAGGUGCUAAAGAAGUUAGCGAAGCUGUGCCACAACCAGAGCAUGGAGUAUAUACAGUUUUUGUGAACUUAGGCAAUACAAAAAUUGAACUUUUGCAUCCUUAUGGUGAUAAAUCACCAAUACAAAAUUUCUUAGAUAAAAAUAAAAAUGGUGGAAUUCACCAUGUUUGUAUUGAGGUUGAUGAUGUUAAAAUAGCCAUAAAAGAUAUAACAUCAAAAGGUAUUAGAGUUUUAGAUCCUGAACCAAAAAUCGGUGCUCAUGGCAAUCCUGUUGUUUUUUUGCAUCCAAAAGAUUGCAAUGGCGUUUUAGUUGAAUUGGAAGAAGUUAAAAAAUCUUA